AUGUUUGAGCUUCGUGUUCCUCUUCGAACAGCUGUCUACGAGACAGAGGUACCCUUUUGUUCAAACAUUGUCCCGCAAAAGAACAUGUCAACUUUAACUGAAACAUCUUUGGUUCACUGCAGAGCGAUGGAUUCUGUCGCUGUCGUCAGCACCAAACAAUUGGACACUGUCCUUUGUACGAUGAACUUUGCAAACUCUCUCUUAGAGAUGGAGAUCAACGAAGCUCGGAUUGCUUUGCAGAGAGAUGCAGAAGAGUUAUUGAACAUAGACUCCGUGGUUGACAGCCUACAGGCUGAGAUCGAGGCGAUACACAUGCGCAUGGCUGUUCAGCAAGAGAAGCGGCGCGCUGUAGAAACUCGCAUCCUCGAAAACAAAGCUCGCAUCAGUCCUGCGAGGUUCCUUCCUACAGAAAUUUUACAGCAAAUAUUCAAAUCCUGCCUCCCCAACGAUCGAUAUGUCGUCCCCCACAUAAUGUCCGCCCCGCUUUUACUUUGCCAAAUUUGUCGUCGCUGGAGGAACAUUGCAUUGGCAACCCCAGAACUGUGGUCUUCUAUUGAUGUUCAUGACUGGGGCGUCUGGACUGCAGAAUUUUACACGGCAAUGGUGGCACGCUGGCUUGCAGCAGCCCGUAACCGUCCGUUGGCUGUCAGCGUGAUGUGCCUUCAGAAGUGGGAUUGGUUUCGCCAGUACGAUCCAACACAGUCAGGGCUUUUCCGCCUGCUUGCAUCACACUCGGCGCAAUUUCGUGAUCUUCAUAUACAGGCCAGCCGCGGCUACAUUGAUGCAUUUAUUGCCAGCGGUGCCUACGCUGUAAAACACAUCUUAAUAUCCGUCAUGCCGACGUCGUUCCCUGUCAACUCCGGACAUCCUCUUACCCUUGGCACGUCGAGCAUUACGCACGUUGCUCUCUGUGGAAAGGAGGCGCUCAUCAAACUCAUUCCACGUGCCACGUUCCCUCAAAUUACCCACCUUACACUCGAUAGGCCAGGGGCAGAAGUCGACUUUAUGAAAAUCCUCCUCGACUUCCCAGCACUAGUUGAGCUGAAAGUCAAGCUUUUCUUCCACAACGAAAAUUUGGAGAUAGUUCAUCCUCCCCCUGAUGCGAUGACCCUCAAGCAUCAGGCGUUGGAGAUACUGAGUAUCUAUCUAUCAGAGGAUGCGCUUCAGUUCGGGGAUGUAACACCCCUAGCUCGCAUCUUUGAUUUGUUGUCUUUGCCGUCUUUGCGAGAGUUGGCCUUUGUUGCUCUUGGCCCAGGCUGGGAGGCUACUGUCGACGAAUGGCUUCCUGAUUCGGUGAAGGUGUUAUUCAGUGGGUCAUCAUGUUCGGCCAAACGCCUUCUUUACCGCAAUUUUAAACGCCCUCUGGACAUGAUUGACUGCCGUGAACAGCUUAGGACCCUUGCUAUUGACUUGAGGGUUGACAAUGUGGGUUUCGGCUGUCAUUGGUAUGAUAUUGUAUCUCAGCAGUUUUAG